GACGUCACUUGGUAUUUGACACGUUCAGGUGAGACGUGUUUUUUUCGCACAUGCGCGCUCUGACUCGGCUUCCGUAGUGAUCGAGUGUUUUGUUUGUGUCCGCCGCGUCACUUCCGGGUUUAAGUCGGAUCCGUUCACGCCGGGUGGGAACAAACCUCCACAUCGCUCACGCACAGCGAGCGCGUGUGGUCUCGUGCUCUGUAACCGUCACGAGCCUGAGCAUUUGGAUCGCGUGGAGACGACGACGCACGCGCAGGGUUGAGACAUGUCCGCCGCCUUGCACGCGCAGCUGGCCGCCAUCAUGGAGGUGCUGGCGAACGCGGCGGUGGCGGAGAUCUGCGAGCUGGUGGACGGAGGCUACUCGCUGCUGCAGCUCGAGAUCUCGCGGAGCCGCAAAGAAAACGAGGCUCUGCGCAGGAAGCUGCGGCUCGUGGAGCUGCGCGCCGCCCGCGCGACCGCACUGCGCGCCGCCGUGGCCGCCAGCGGCGCCGCGCUGCCGCACGCGAGAGGCCGCGCUCGAGCGCAGCCGCCUGCUCGUCACCAAGGCAACGACCCGAGGGGGAACCGAGCACCAGCAGGUGAAGUGGUGGUGUCGGGGGGGGCUCCUCAGGAAGCGCUCCCUGACUCUGGACAGGACACCGCUCCAGUAACGCCUGCUGCUGUUGAAUCGGUCGUCCUGACGAUGGCGGUGAUCAAAGUGGAGGACGACAGCGAUGACGAGUCCUGGUCCCAGUCCGAGCAGAGCACUGUUUUUUGUCGUGUUGUUGAAGAACAGAAGACGGAGACAGAACCUUUGCACCCGCUGACCGAACAGGAAGCGGCAGGCGAAGGCCCAAACACCCCGAACACCAGCCGGGGGCUCGAAGCCGGCAGUUAUGAAUGUCUGAUGUACGAGCCACAGCUCCAACAUGGCCCCCGCGCUACCCAGAAUCCUCCGAGGGAGAAUCCCGGCUGCUCGUACGUGUUGAACACCAGUGAGUUGAGUGUUUCCGAUUCGGGCAGCAGCAGCAGCUUUACUUUCAACGCCAGUGAGACGAGCCCGUCUGCAGCAGAGCUCCAGCAGCCCGCAGUGUUCAUAGACAACCAGCAGAGGGCGCCACUAGCCACAGACAAGCCUCAACAGCCAGUGAGAACAGAGGUGACGGAGAGACGGGCUGCUUUCAUCAGGAGGGACAGGUGGAGACAUCAGGGUCGGGUCAGCAGAGUUGCGGUCCAGAGCGGAGAGGACGGCGGGGGGAAGUCGUUUGUGUGUAACUGCUGCGGUAAAACUCUGGCCUGCCUGAAGAACCUAAAGACCCACAUGAGGGUCCACACCGGCGAGAAGCCAUUUGUCUGCUCGCUAUGCGGCAAGCGCUUCUCCGACUCCAGCAACUUGAAACGCCACCAGAGCGUCCACACCGGAGAGAAACGCUACGGCUGCGUCCACUGCGGCAAACGCUUCGCUCAGUCGGGCUCUCUGAAGGUCCACAUGACCGUCCACACAGACUGUAAACAGUUCAGGUGUUUGUACUGUGGCAAGACGUUUAUAUCAGGCAGCCACCUGCGACGACACAUCACUGUCCAUGCAGGAGACAAACGAGGGCCGCCGACAUUACAGGGACAAUGAUGGUGGGGGGGUUAAAGGUCAGGGGUCAGAUCCCAGUGGAGCCACACGUGCAGUGAAUGGACAAAACAACAGACCAGACCUGAACAGCUGCUGAGCAUCUGUGGAGCUGGAUUUCAGAUCUGGUAUCAACAUGUGGUUUUCUGGUGGGAUCAGAUCGCUAUCCGACCCGAGUCGGCCCUGAUGGCGUCAUUUGGAGUCAGAGUCUGUGCAGCGGUGAUCGGGGGAUCGAGCCGCUGUACCAAGGUCCCGCCCAUGCACAUGAUCUACCUAUCAGGAGUCAGUCUCAGCUGUCAAUCAUGAAAUCUCAGCCUGUUUUAUAUCAACUGAUCAGAAACACUUGAACAAACAUCGGUGAAAUAAGAACAACAUGAACUGACAGAAACAUUUAUUUAACGUCUACUUUGAUUGUUUUAGUUUGAUCCCAUCAGCUAACAUGGAGGAGGCUGGGUUAAUGACCUGUAUUGCUGCCAGCCACAAGGGGGCGAUGGACAUUCUGGAGGAACUGAAGUACAGAGGUCACAGAAAUACACUGGUUUCCUUUUAACAAGGUUUUAAUACAUGAUAAACUCUGACUUUAACUUAGAUAAAACAAAACAAUGCACCAAGUACUGUAAAUGUUAAAUCCUAAAACCCGGCGCCAUCAAAAGGCCAACAGAGAAACUACUACUGUUUGUUCAUUUAGACCACAGGUAGCCAACACGGUGACCGUGGGCCCCUGGUCGCCCGCAGGGACCCCGCGAGUCGCCCGCAAGGCAUGCUCUAAAUUAAAAAAAGUCAAACUGCCAUCUCACUCUAUGCUGAGACAAGCUAGCGGGAGCAGCAACGAUGGCGAGCUAGAUGUGGUUUUUACCCCCAAACUAAAGAAAACAUGGCAGAAAAGCGAAAGAAAACAUUCUAUUUUCAUAAUGAUUGGGAGGAAGAGUUAUUUUUUACGACAGUGAAAGAAAAAUGUGUGUGUCUCAUUUGCGGGGCAACUGUUGCGACGGCAAAGUGGCACAAUGUGGAGCAGUGGUCGCCAACCCGUCGAUCGCGAUCUACCGGUCGAUCUGCCAGUCUUCACUGUCGAUCCCACGAACUCUCUGGACUCUGUCUGUCGUCGCGCCGCAGAUCAGCUGUGUGUCGGUUGUCUGUGUGUCGGUUGUUUGUUGUUCACACGCGCCGUGUGUCCGCUACUGGCGGCGGAGCUGCUGGUUUAUCUCCUGCAUUUCCUUCAAUACAAGUCGGAUUAUGUAGGAGACUAGAUGUCAGGACUCUCCGGUCUGAAGACGAGCAUCUUCCGGUCUGUGGAUAACAAUCAAAGCCCCGUUGGAACAAAUGAGUGGAUUCAGAAGGUGAAACGCUGGAGUGCUUUUACUUUGAAACGGGUUCGGAAAGUGUUGUAAAUACAUUUGUGUC